CCUCUCGACCGGCGCCUCCUCACCGAGCCGACGAGGUCUUCAAACACUUCCUCAGCCUCGACGUCCUCUCGGAUGACGAGUUCCUGGUGUGCCGGCGCCAGGAGUACCCUUCCUCGCUCAGGCUUCCCACGGCAGCAUGGGCCGAGUCCGAGGAUGCGGACGUCCGUCAGCGCUGGGGGUCGUUUGUUCUGGCUCGCGACCUUCCUCUGGGUUGCGAUGCCCGCCGAGCCGGCUGGGAGGUCUAUCACCCCCACUUCCUCGCCCGGCAGCUCGGCUAUCUUCAAGGCUGCCCCGUCCCUCUGCUCACCUCUCGAUCUCUCCUGAGCCGAGGGCGUCUUACCGGUUCCUCUGAAAGGGAAUGUAAGACGUCAGACCAGGAGUUCCAAGAGAAGUGCAGGAAAUUCCGGAUUCGGCCGGCGGUUCCUGAAUCUUUGGGAACCGACACCUUCGGGGACUGGUGGGAGGAGUAUACCGGCGAAUUCUUCGACGCCUCGGCCAAAGGUCUGGUGAAGAAGAUUUUCGGCGACCGUCCCAGGUCAACACCCUCGGCCCAACCCAAGGAGUCGGCCCAAGGUAGUUUUUCCGCUUUUCUUCUCUCUUUUCGUCUCUUUAUAUCACUUAAUCCUUGUUACUAACUACUUCGCUCUUCAGGGGGUCGCGUGUCGAGGAAGGUGGAGGUGGUCGCCGCGGUGGCGAAGGCGAAAAAAUUGGUGAAGAGGACCAUCGCCACCGAGCGGGCAGUUCCUGCCAAACGCCCCCACCGAGCGGCCGAGCCAGAGGAUGAUGCCUCUCGCCCUUCUAAACGCGUCAAGAAAUUGGCGAAGAAGGGCGACCGGAAGAUUCAUGUCGUCCCUAGUGACACUACAGGGACGCCAGCUCCUGCCGGCUCUCCUCCUAUGCCGGCUGCCCCGGCUUCUCCAAACCCGACUUCUCCAGCCGUCUCCCCUCCUGAGGCCACGGCAGACCCCCUCGGCGCACCAGCUCCAGCUUCAGAACCGGUCGUGGCGCCUACCGCGGAGAAGCCGGCUGCACCUGUCGAGGGACCCUCUUCUCCAACGGUCAUUCUGGAGGAUGUCGAGAGCGAGAGCGAAGAGGUCCCCCUGGAACGCCGUCGCCGACCAGUCAACUCUCCUCCCAUCCAUCCUCCUCCGGUUGUCGAGGCGACCGCUCGACCGUCUCCUCCUGCGGCGGAUCGCGGCAAGAGACCCAUGGCCGACCCUGAGGCCACGGCCAAGUCGCCGAUCCACCCGCAGGAUGAAGAUCUCCCCAUUCCUCCGCAGGAAGUCUCCUCGGCCUAUGUAAGUCUUUUCCUUUUGCGUUAA